CGCAAGCUCUUUUUGGUAGUCACGACAGUCCCGAAGAAGAGUUGAACCCACCUGAUGAUCUUUGAAGACAAUCCGCUCCAUAUUUCAUCCAAGUGACGAUAAAAUAAUCUACCUCUACCUUGAUAUUUUUGGUAUCGUGUCAUUGUCCUCAUCAACUUGUUUUACGAGUUUGCGUUAAUUCACAUCACGUUUGUUUUAUCGAGAGUAGUUAUAGCAUAAUCAGCUCAGAAACCUCCCUACAACUGAUUUAUUUCUUAAUUGUUUUUGCACUAAUAAGACCUGAGAGGAUGCACACUACGCAGAAGGACACGACUUAUACCAAGAUUUUUGUGGGAGGUUUGCCAUAUCACACCACUGACUCGAGUCUGAGGAAAUAUUUCGAAGUGUUCGGAGAAAUUGAAGAGGCUGUUGUGAUUACCGACAGACAGACUGGCAAGUCCAGAGGUUAUGGAUUUGUGACAAUGGCUGAUCGCUCGGCUGCUGACCGAGCCUGCAAAGAUCCAAACCCCAUCAUUGAUGGCAGGAAGGCCAACGUCAACUUGGCAUACCUGGGGGCCAAGCCACGGGUGAUGCAGCCAGGCUUCACCUUUGGCGUGCCCCAGAUCCAUCCUGCCUUCAUCCAGAGGCCUUAUGGGAUCCCAGCUCACUACGUGUACCCUCAGGCCUUCAUGCAGCCCAGUAUGGUGAUCCCCCACGUUCAGCCUAGCGCUGCCUCGGCCGCCUCCGCCUCCUCGCCCUACAUCGACUACACGGGUGCCGCGUACGCCCAGUACAGCGCCGCCGCCAGUGCUGCAGCCGCCGCGGCCGCCUAUGACCAGUACCCCUACGCCGCCUCUCCAGCCGCCGCGGGCUACGUUGCCACCGCCGGAUACGGAUACGCGGUGCAGCAGCCCCUGACAACCGCCACGCCUGGGUCAGCUGCCGCCGCCGCCGCCUUUGGCCAGUACCAACCCCAGCAACUGCAAGCUGACCGCAUGCAAUAACAGCCAAUUGGCAGCCAGACACGAGGGGGACGGGGAGGUGCUGCCCAUACACCCCCCCAGCUGCUCGCUGCUGAUUGGCCAUGGACGAGGAAUUGAAAGCAAGGGAGUGGAUGCUGAUUGGAUGGGCGUACCGUCAGCAGGAGAAAGGGAGGGUGGUGUUUGGGUACCGAUGGACUGGUGAGGUGGGAACUCCGUAGCUUUCCAACUUGCUGUGUUUUUUUCCAAUCCAAAAAAAAAGACAAACAAACGAACAAAGGAAGAAAAAAAGAACAAAACAGAGAUAAAAUUACGACAAAAAAAAAAAAAUCACAAGAAAGAGUACGGAGGGAGAUGUAGCUUUUUACCAUUAUCAUUAUCGUUAUUAUUAUUACAAUUAUUGUUGUUUGACAUACGGUAUAAUUCUUAAAGUAGAGUAUUUAUUGCUUAAAGAAGAGCAAAGACUAAUCACUGUGGUAUAUUGUAGCUGUUGAGGCCUUAGGUCCUUUAGCUGUCAUUAACGUAGGGGGCAGGUUUUUAGGGGUCAGGGGUCAUUUGGUGACGUGACUUCUGCGGCAUUGUGGUUCCAAAGCCCGCUAACUCCUUAUUUAUUAUCCUUCGAAAGGGCUCCUUUAUGUUCUGUCUUCUUAAGUGCAUUGAAGUUUAUUAUUAUUAUUAUUACUAUUAUUAUUAUUAUUAUUUUCUGAUUUAUCAGGGAAAAAACGGAGCAUCUUACAGUGAUUAGAGAACUCUGCCGAUCAGGGAAUUGUAGGAAUAACUGUGGAGAAAUGGAGAGAGUGAGAGAGAGAGAGAGAGAACGCGAGAGAGCGAGCGAGAGAGAGCAAAAGAGAGAGCGAGAGCGCGAGCGUAAGGAACACAGUUGUAGCUCAUGUCACAUGUUCAGAACUACCUUUCAUCUUUCAAAUGCUGAAUGUCCCUUUUUCCUCUGACUCUCAUUUUGACCUCUUGACCUAUGCAAAGCACACACACACACACACACACACACACACACACACACACACACACACACAUUGAUGCAUGCACUACACAAAGAGAAUAACAAAUAGCAUCCACCAAGCUCUAUCAAAUCAGUUUUUUGAGCAAUGAGAACCAACUGCUGAUGAGGAGAAGGACUUAUCACAUCAUUCAUACACACACACACACACACACACACACACACACACACACACACACACACACACACACACAUACAGACAGACAGACACACACACACACAGAAUAUGGACAUGGAGGUCAGGUAGCACGGUGGUGCAGUCCCUCUCUCUCACGCUGGGGGUUAGUGUGUGAGUGAGUGUGUGUGUGUGUGUGUGUGUGUGCUGGGCAACAGCUGCAGGGGACAGGCAGUGACACACAGACCGACCACUCUGGAAAGAACGCAUCACUUGUGCUCGUUUGUUGAGCUGUCACAUUUUAAUCCCUCUCUGCCCCCACACCCCCACACCCCCACCACCCGUGUCAGCACUUCCAGACCCACAGUGGGAUUGGAGGACUCCUCAUCCCCCCCUCCCAGCCCCUAGCCAAGCCCCUCCUACUCCACCUCUCAACAUCCCAUACUGUGGUGGGACCUCCACUGUGUGGGACUCCAGUUUGCUCUAGGGACAGACAGAGAGGCAGAGAGAGAGAGAGAGAGAGAGAGAGAGCGAGAGCGAGAGACUGCAUGAGGUGCACAAUGGAUGGUGGCCCAGUAACCUCUCUCCUUGUCCUAGACACACACUCCCCAUCGGCCAUCCGGUCCAAUGCACACCUCUGUCUACCGUGGAACACCCCAAAAACAACCACCACCACCUCCACCACCUCCACCUCUGUGGUUUCCUCAUCCAGCAGGAGAGUCAGCCACCAGCGUCAGUCCUCCGUGAGGAGAGGAUGGAUUUUGACGAGCAGCAAAAACAAAGCUAAACAAAGAACAGCUACAUUCUCAGAAGAACUAACACCAUAUUUUUGUAUUACAAAGCAGCACUCUAGUUUUAAAGGGUUCACCUGCAAAUGUAAAAGGGUACCCCCCUGUGCCUUACUUUCGUAAUGCUAUUUAAGAGAGCAGAGAUUGACUAUUUAAGAUAUUUAUUCAGAGAGGUGAGACUAUGUUGCGCCUGAAAGAUGAAGGCUUUGUGGCGGUACUGUAUCACUAUCAUGUGUUCAUCUCAUGGCAUAUAAGUUAUUCAGUAGAUUUAGUUGCAUUAUUAUUAUUAUCAUUAUCAUUAUUACUUUUAUUAUUAUUACUAUUAUUAUGAUUAACAUACUGAACCAAAAUAUUGAUGUAGAAUUUAUUUAAGAUGGAAAUCUGUAUGUGCACUGUACAAUUCUAGUUUUUGUGCAUUUUGCAUUUUAGGACAUGACAUUAUGACAUUAAAUAUUGGCUAGUUUAAUGCCGUUUGUAUGAAACUUUAUUUAAAAUGCUGGCCCUAUUCCAGGGCGAAUAGUCCCUUUUUUUUCGCCUCUUUUGUUUUCUAGAACUGUUGAAAUGAUAUCCAAGGAGAAACAGCCCAAAGCGCUGCUCAACAUACAUUAGAAUGUAUAGUCGUUGUCAUGGUUGCAUAGCUGUGCUUCUGUUGCUUUUAAUACUCCUCAGACUGGCGAUUUUACACAUGUUGGGAAUUUUUAUACUUGAAUUAUUUCUUACAAGGGAAAAUAUGAAAAUAAAUGACAAAAAAAACUUUUUAAGAAAGCUUUUCAUUGUCACUGGAUUGGAGGCAUGUAAGUGUUAUCUACUAUUUAAAAUGCAAAAGGUCCUGUUUGUAUUCAAACUUUAUUUAAGAGUUUCCACACUAUUUACUCUACAUGGAAAUAAAUGAUUCUCAAAUCGG